AUGGCACUUGGUCCACUACGUGGGCUCAAGAAUAUGUCGCUGAUAAAGUCGUUUGAAAAAAAAAAAGAAAUUGGAAGAACCUACACUGGUGAUGACGAUUAUAUACUUGAGUUCUUCCUCCCUGUCAAUAUGAAAGGGAGUUCAGAGCAGCAACUCUUGUUGAACAACCUUUCAGGUACUAUGCAGAGAAUCUGUAAGAGUUUGAGAACGGUUACACAGGGAGAAAUCGAUGGGAAUGAAGGCUCUAAAGUCGGGUUUCAGAAGGGAACAGUUCCAAGUUUUUCACCAUUGUCAAUGCCGAGGAGUUCUCAGACUGCAUUAUCAGAAAGUGACUUCAACUCAAUUGACCGGAUGCCCUCGAAUGUAUCUAAUUCUAAAAGUGAUGGAACAGGAUCAGAUGGUCCUCGUGAACAGGUAUUUGGACUACGAAGACAUUCAGAGAAGAAGAGAAGUACGGCGGAGAAAAAUGUGAGCUUGGGUGUUCUUCAGCAAUACUUUUCUGGGAGUCUUAAGGAUGCUGCAAAAAGCAUUGGUGUCUGCCCGACCACACUGAAAAGGAUAUGCAGACAACAUGGGAUCUCUAGAUGGCCAUCCCGCAAGAUAAACAAAGUGAACCGUUCAUUAAAGAAAAUACAAACUGUGCUUGACUCUGUUCAGGGGAUGGAAGGUGGAUUAAAGUUUGACCCAACCACAGGUAGGUUUGUGGCAGCAGGCUCGAUCAUUCAAGAAUUUGAUGCUCGGAAAAAAAUUCUCUUCCCCGACAAAAACCUGCCUGUCAAGAACCCUGAGCCAAUAAUCCAAGAUGCAGCAUCAAUACCUCCAGCCCUUUGUAUGGAUGAGGAAAAGUCUGCUGUUAAACAGGAGGAAGAUGGAUGCAGUUCGGACAAAAACCAAGUAGGCCCUGACAGGAGCAUGAUCAUUCCAAAUAGCUCCGAGGGAGAUGUACAUAGAUCAAACGUUUUCCUGAUUGAUUGUACUGAAGACUCCAUGUUGGGCGGAAUAGAUGCCGGACAAUUUCAGCCAGCUAAGCUUGGUGCUGCAGCUUGGGUUACUCCUGAAAAUGGCUCCAUGGGUUCUUGUUUUGCAAAAGGAAAAAAUUGGGCUCUGAACAAGGAAGGGUUGAAAUUAGAGAAUUCCGACUGCCAAUAUGUGUCUCAAUGCUUCAGCUCCUUGGCUGUUGCAGAGGAGAUGGAUACUAAAAUGGAGGGUUAUGAUGGAAUGAUUGAACAGAACCAACCUACUUCUUCAGGCAUGACAGACUCAUCAAACGGUUCAUUGGUGCAUGGUAGUUCAUCAAGCUCCCCAAGCUUUGAAGAGGGGAAGCAAUCGAAAGUUCAACCAAGUUGCGGUGACAGUGGCACAAAAAUUACCGUGAAAGCUACUUACAAAGAAGAUAUCAUCCGAUUCAAGUUUGAGCCUACUGCAGGGUGUUUACAACUGUACGAAGAAGUGGCAAGCAGACUCAAACUGCAAAAUGGUACCUUCCAGCUCAAGUAUCUAGAUGAUGAAGAGGAAUGGGUGAUGUUGGUCAGUGACUUGGAUUUGCAGGAGUGUCUUGAAAUAAUGGAAUCCAUCGGCACACGAAGUGUGAAGUUCCUUGUUCGUGAUCUUUCUAGUGCUGUUGGCAGCUCUGGCAGUAGCAAUUGCUUUUUGGUAGGCGGUUCAUAGUCUACGCCCAACACCAUGCCGAUCUUUUUCCCCAGCUUCCAUACAAGGUGAUGUUCUUCCCAAAAAGUUGUAAACUUACACCUUCCUUCCUAGUUUUUGCAGUACUCUCAUGAAAUGAAGCAUCUCUGUCCUUUGGUCUAAGUGUUAGU